AUGGCCCGAAUUUCAGCCUCCAUCGCAAUUAUUGGUGCUGGACCCUGCGGUCUGACAUUCGCACGCUUACUGGAGAAGAACAACAUAGACUUUGUGGUCUUUGAGAAAGACGUCGACUCGACUCCCACGCCGAUGUACCAGGGUGGAACCCUUGAUCUUCAUGGCCCCUCCGGACAGCAGGCGCUCAGAAGUGCAGGACUCUUCGAAAGGUUCAGUAAACUCGCGCGGUGGGAUGCUACGAAGUUUGUUGUUCAGGACUCAACGUGCACAAUGAAAGCCGAGUUCGGUCAGGAUCGCGACGCUCCUGAGAUUGACCGUUUCCAAUUGCGUCAACUUCUGUUGGACUCGAUUCCAUCUCAUAAGGUGCGAUGGGGGCAUGGCGUCAGGACAAUUGAGAAGGGCUCAGGCUCGGAUUGGGUUAUCAAAUUCACGAACGGCACCUCUGCAUCCGGGUUCCAGCUCAUUGUUGGCGCUGACGGUGCGUGGAGCAAAGUUAGGCCUUUGCUCACUACGGCACGGCCUGAAUACUCUGGGAAGAUGUUCAUCGAGGGUCGGCUGUCGCACAACAACCCAAGUUAUUCUGCCGCACUGGAACUGUCAGGAACCGGAAAUAUGAUGGCUUUGGGAAACGGACGAACAGUCUCGGUGCAACAGGUGUCCGAUCGGUCGUAUCGAGUCUACGUGGGCUUGGUGGCCCCGGAGAACCUGACAAACACCACACUCGAUAUGGCUGAUACAGAGGCCACACGACAAAAGCUUCUUUCUUCGCCACAGUUCUUUGCGGAUUUUGCUCCCGAACUACAAAACUUCAUUUCCAACGCCGAAGGUCCUUUUCGGCCCUGGCAUCUUUACCGCAUGCCCGUAUCCUCCGUCAACUGGGAUCGUGUUCCAGGUAUAACUCUUCUUGGCGACGCCGCGCAUGUGUCGACACCAUUCGUAGGUGAAGGGGUCAACAUGGCCAUGUAUGACGCCCUCAAGCUCGCCGAGAGCAUCGUCAAGCACGGGGUUGCUGUUCUUACUGAGAAAGCGCAGCGCGCAUCUAAACUUGAGGAAGCCAUCAAAGAGUACGAAACGGAAAUGUUUGGCCGCGCUCAAGACUUUAUCAAGCGCUGCAUCAUGAGUGAGGAGGUAUUCUUUGCUGAGGACGGAGCUCAGCAGUUCGUCAACAUGAUCAGCCAAGCUGUCGAAUUCCAGCAUCAAGGACUCUUUAGAGAAGAGAAGUGA